AUGCAGCCGUUCGAUGAGCGCCGUGACGACUGCAAGAACGCGCUGGACAAGGCUCGCUGUGUUCUGUUCUUCACGCCUCAGUACGUGGACCGUCUCGAGGUCGGCAUGAAGGUCAGUACCGAUGAGUUGCUGAUCGUUCAGAACAGCAACAUGCGUAUCCCGCAGGAAGGCGGUGACGCCGAGGUGGAUGAGUGCAAGAAGCUCAUUCUUACUCAUGCGGAGAUAAAAAAAAUCGCAACUACAACUCCAAGCACAUAA